CUUAGACCACAGAGAAGGGAGGAAAAAAAGAAGAGUGAGAAAGCAUAGAAUGAAAGAUGGUGGGUCUGAGUGUAGUACUCGAAGCUCAGAAAGGUGGUGUUAACAAGAAAACUCCCCAAGUGAUAAACAAAACCAUGAUUCUCAGCAGCAACAACAACAAACAAUCUCCUUCUGCAGUAUCCUUGAAUUCACAUCACUCUUCUUUCAAGGAACCAACGUUUCUAGACCUAUGCUAUCUCUGCAAGAAGAGGUUGUUGCCAGGGAAAGACAUCUACAUGUACAAAGGGGACAGGGCCUUCUGUAGCGAGGAGUGCAGGUGCAAGCAGAUUUUCAUGGACGAGGAAGAGACUAUUCAGAAGGAGAAGUACUGUUCCUUCGCUGCUAUAAGACCUUCAUCCUCUUCUUCUUCUUCUUCUUCUUCUUCCUCAGCUUACUGAUACAUAAAGAGAGGAACCAGCCUACACUAGAGACAAAAGACUGGAACACCAAAAAUGGGGGGAAUUUUUUUUUCCUGCUAUGUUCUAGUUUUGCCAUGCUUUAUGUUGUCAUAGCCUCGAAGUUUUUGUC